AUGGCCGGCGUCGAGGCGGACAGACGGGGUCUUUCAAAUAUCCUUCUGGACGAGGAAGAGGCGGAGGACGAGAAUGGCACUUUCUUCGAAGCGUCAUUGUUCGUCGACAAAAGCUACGUGCUCCGUUCCUUCUCGUUCAACGACAUCAGUGUGCCUCUCUACUGCCUCGCCGCCGCCACCACGGAUUACGACUUGACAGGGCAGAUAGUGUGGCCGGGAGCAGCCAUACUAGCAGACUACCUCACAGCGCACCCCCAGGAGGUGGCCGGCAAGGCCGUGGUGGAGGUGGGCGCGGGCGCGGGGCUGGCAGGGCUGGUGUGCGCGCACGUGGGCAGCAGCGCCGUGACGCUCACAGACCACAACAGUGAGGUGCUGCAGGUGGUGCAGCGCAACGUCCACCACCACAACCUCCUCUUCCAACAAAGGGCGUCAGCCUCAUGCAGCCCCACCCUAGAGUGCGCGCAGCUGGAGUGGGCGGACCAGCAGCAUCUGGACGCCCUGCUUGCAGCGCAUCCCACCGGAUUCGACGUCAUUAUUGGUGCCGACAUAUGCUACCAGCAGUGCCAUGUGCCACCUCUCUUCACCUGCAUCAAGGCGCUGCUCUCAGCCCGCCAGCAGCAGGCCAUAUCCUCUUCUCAGCUCCGUUCAUCUCACCAUGGGCCUGGUCAUGAUUUGUUGCAUGACGCGCCGCAAGAGACAUCUGCCAUCGACGCGCGUGUGUGUGAGGAGGUAGCCUCACAACAUGCCAAGUUGCCCCCCAGCUCUUUCAUCCUCGCAUACGUGGAGCGGCAUCUCAGUACAACAAAGGUGGUUUGGGAAGCAGCACGAGAUUCAGGAUUGCACUUGGAAGCGAUUGAAGGAACAGAGAGGAAAACAGCAGAUGGGUUUUACCAGGCUAGAAUAUACAGAGCUACCCUUCCUCCAAUGGUGUAG